CACGAGAAGAUGGAAGAAGAUCCCGCAGUUGGAGCUCUCAGUUCAAUGUUCAUCAUGAGAGAGCAGGUGGAUGUGAUCUGCUGUAAAUCAGUAGGAACUGAUCUGUCCAUGCUGGAUAUUGAUGAUUUCAUCACAGAAAUCUCUCAUCUGAAGAAAGAGGUGACGUCACUGAAGACAGAGCUGAAAGAACUCCGUUCAUCCUGCACCUGUUAUGAGCGAGUUAAAGUUGAGAUUGAGCUGGAAAAGGUUUCCUGUCAAUCUUCAGUGUGUGUGACUGAUGGGACCUCCACAGAAUGUCAGGAUUCAGUGUGGAGCGGCAGAGAUCAGUCCACACCACAGCGGCUGCUGGACAAACUCUCUGAACAGAGAUCCAGAGACACACAGGACUCACAGCUCACUUUACUCUGUUCUACUGAUGCUCAGGAGAGUGUGUGUGACAGUAAUCAGGGUGAUCAAACCUCCACAGAGUCUCUGACUUCUGUCUGUAACGCUGGAGAACAGCAGAUGCUGCAGACACCAGUGAAGCUGCUGGACUACAGGAACCUGAUGAAGAUGAGAGGAGAAAACACAACAGAGGAACAACAGAGUGAUGAAGAUGAAGAAGAUACAUUAACAGAGAAAGAACAGAGCGAUGAAGAUGAUGAUGAUUUUAUUUCUUCAGCGCUAUGGAGCAAUUCAACAAUGUCAAACGACUGAACAGCCAAGAUAUUCUGAACAGCGCUGACAAGGGAAAGAGAAAACACCUGCCCUACACCAACAUCAAUUACAAGACUCACAUCUUCAUAUCAACACCCUUACUAAUAUUUAUCACAGUAAACUGUAACAGAAUUUUUAUUAAAAAAAAAGUGUAAGUUGUAGCCAAGAAAAAACAGGGAUAACACAUGCUCUCCUGUCAUGGGAAUGUAAGUAUUCUGGAUUGAAAGACUUGCUUGACUGUUGUAGAGAUGACAGAUUGUCACUCUAGUGUUUUCUUUAUUCCACAAGGCAAUGAGCUGUAAUCAAACAAUUGAUGAUCACAUGAUGGGACUUUAUUUUUUUAUAUAUUUAUUUUUCUGUAUUCUUUUUUCAACAACAGAAGUACCUUAUUUUGUUGUGGAUGUCCCAAUGUGUAUAAUGGAUUUGUACUUUUCAGAGUGCUCACAAUAUUCAAAUUUUAUUUUGGUUGCAUUUGUGAACUAUAAAAAUAUUAAAUGAAUGUGUAAAAUAAGUACACAAUAUCGUAAUAUUGAUCGCAGGCCCCUGAAUCGAAUAAAAAUCAUGUCGCAACAGACUUUGAAGUAUCGGUAUACAUUGGAUCUCUUGCUAAGAGAAUAGAUAUAACAUUGUAUUGUGAUAACUUGUAAUUUACAACCCUAAUGAAAGGAAUAAUCCACCCAUAAUUGCUAAUUCUGUCAUCAUGGACUCACCCUUAUGUUCUUUCAGACUUACUUUCUGUGAAUGUUUCACACUCAAUUUAAAUGACUAUAGUCAAGAAAUGCACUAUAUUAAUAUAAUUAAUGGUAUAUAUAUAACUUUUGCACAGCAAAAAUCACAAAUUAGUAUUAGGAAUGGGGAUAAUAAUAAUCUCUUACAAACCGUGAUUCUUGAGACAAAUGAUUUUUAAAUUGUCUCCCUGAUAAAAAAAACAAAACCCAGAUUUAAUUCAUUUUAAAAUAGAAAUGUUUCGUUUAAUAUGCUGAUAGAUAGAUAGUUGAAGAAGUUUACAUACACUUAGGUUGAAGUCAUUAAAACUCAUUUUUUAACCGCUCCACAGAUUUCAUAUU